AUGAGUUUGCCUCUCAAUCCAAAGCCCUUUCUCAGUGGGCUGACUGGGAAGCCUGUGAUGGUGAAGCUGAAGUGGGCGAUGGGCUACCUGGUCUCUGUCGAUGGCUACAUGCAGCUUGCAGAUACAGAAGAAUAUAUUGAUGGUGCUUUAUCUGGAUACCUUGAUGAAGUUCUGAUAAGGUGUAAUAAUGUCCUUUGGAGAAGAAGGAAGAGGAUGGUGAAGUGA